UCUAUGGGUGCUAACUUCACCGACAUGAAGAAGAUGACAGAUGUCAAAAAUAUGAAUUUAGGUUAUAUUUUUAUUUGGUCUGUGACUUCAUGAAGAUAAAUAUUUUUUAAUGUAAGACUGGCGCUUUGCAUAUUCCGGGCAUGGCCAUUGCUGAAGUGGCAAUUGAUUUGUUUAAAUCAACCUUUAGUAUUAACACAAACACUUCAGAUAUAAAAUUUUUACGCGUACAAGAAGAGCCCUACAACACUCUGGAACAGAAACAUGAAUUUGGUGAAAAAGUGUGUGUUUUGCACACUGUUAGCUUAAGCAUAUUUAACAUCGAAGUUAAUUUACGAAUUCUUUGUUUCAAAUAUGACGAUCACGUAGAAGUGUUGAAAUUAGAGAUAAACGUACCAAAUGAUUCGUUUUCUCGUGAAGUCGCCCCGUGUAAGAACUUCCUCCAACGCAAAAGAAACAUGAACUUGACGUUUGAACUUCUAAUCAAAUUUGCAAAGUUGUUCGAAAUGAGAAGAUUGAUUUGUUGGACUGUAUUUAAGAAAUACCCUUUGAUAAUAGUGACUGAAAACGAGGCCGGGAUUGCGGUGAAGUGUUACACUGCUAAUUUCAACCGAAAUCUUCUAGAUUUCAACUGGACUAUUAACUGGAUAGUGGAAGAGUGUGAAGUGAGUGAUUUUAUUGAGUUCUAUUUAAACAAUUCAGUUUUGAGCAAAAGACGUAGAGGAAAAGUCAGGGAGAAACUUGAAGUGAUAGUCCAACCCCACAUUGACUUUCACACAAAAUUAAAGUUGUGGAAGUCCGUGUUGGAGAAUCUUUACAGCCGCCCCAGCGCCCCAACGACUGACAUUUUGGAGAUAUCCUCUGACGAAGACGACAGCGUCAUAGAAAUAAGUUAAAUAAAUUUUAUUCCGUUAAAUAUAAAUAUAUAUUUUCUUUUAAUCAA